AUGGCUAUCACUGUACUUGCUGCAUCGCGAGUAGCAAGAAUACCGAAGGCUGGGGUACGUUUCAUGUUGAUGGUCGCUACGUUCAGUCUGAGAACAUCAACUCUUCUCCGACUCUUCAUGAGUUGUUCGGCAUUCAUCAAUGUCAUGGAUGAGAUGUGAUUUGAAGUUGGAGAGUGUACGUUUCAGUGAUAUGUAGGGUGCGCGGAAUGGUGGACUUAGUUAUGACUAAAGCAGAAAAAGAGGUGAGUUUUGUUUUUG